AUGUUAAUUUUUGCAAUAUACACUUUAAUAAUAUCUUAUACCGUUUCAUUUCAGCUUUUUCGUCACGGACCACGUACCCCGGUGAACACAUAUCCCAAUGACCCAUAUAUAAAUGAGACAUUCUUUCCAUAUGGCUGGGGUCAUUUGACAAAUGAUGCCAAAAAAGAAUUAUUCAAAAUUGGCAAUGCACUGGCUAAAAGAUAUCAAUGUCUAUUGCAGCCAUUUUAUAAUCCAGAUCUUAUUUACGCCCAAUCGUCAGCAUCACCACGCACCUUGAUGUCAAUGGCAACAGUAUUGGCGGGUAUGUUACCGCCUGUUAAUACACCAAUGGAAUGGAAUUUUAAACUGAAUUGGCAACCCAUACCUAUUCUAUCAAUUCCCGAGGAAUUGGAUAUUUGGUUGCGCAUGAAGGUACCUUGUCCACGUUAUGAUCAAGCUUUAAACGAAGUUUUACAAUUCUCAAAAAUUCAACAAGAAAUCGGUGAAUACCAUAACAUGUUUCAGGAAUUGACAAACAUUACCGGAUUAAAUAUUACAACUGCAGCAGAUAUAACAUCUCUCUACAUUACCCUACUGGCUGAGCAAUCUUACGGCUUGGAUUUACCCGCCUGGACCACAGCUUAUUACCCCGAACGUAUGCAAUUUUUGGCCGAAAAAAGUUAUAUUUACAAUGCCUACACUACGGAAAUGCAACGUCUUAAGGGUGGACCAUUUCUACAGAAAAUCUUUGAACAAAUGUUGGCAAAAGCAAAUGACACCCUUCAGCCCGAAGAGAGGAAAAUGUUUGUUUAUUGUGCUCACGAUUGGACUAUAACGAAUGUUUUACUAGCCCUUAAGGUGUGGAAACGACAAAUGCCUCGAUUUUCAGCUUUAAUUUCAUUUGAAUUACAUCAGAAUUUAGAGACAGAGGAGUAUUUUGUAGAAAUUUAUUUCCAAAACGAUCCAAAAUUGGAACCAGUUCCCUUAACCGUUCCGGGUUGCAGUUUUCAAUGCCCUUUAAACAAAUUAUUAGAAUUAAUUCAAGAUGUUAUGCCAAAUGCUAUAUAUGAAGAAAUGUGCCAAUUAAAAUAA